AUGGCUACUCGUUGCCAGUUUGAGAACUCUACCGACAUUGGCGUCUUCGCCAAGCUGACGAACUCGUACUGCCUGACGGCUCUUGCGUCUUCGUCCAACUUCUACUCCGUCUUCGAGGCUGAGCUCCAGGACGUUGUGCCCAUCAUCCACACGACGAUUGCGGGAACGCGUAUCGUCGGCCGCCUGACUGCUGGCAACCGCCACGGCCUCCUCGUGCCGUCAACGACGACGGACCAGGAGCUGCAGCACCUGCGCAACUCGCUUCCGCCGAGCGUCGCGAUCCAGCGUGUCGAGGAGCGCCUGUCUGCGCUCGGCAAUGUGAUUGCGUGCAACGACUAUGUCGCCCUCGUGCACCCGGACAUUGACCGCGAGACCGAGGAGAUCAUUGCCGACACGCUCAAGGUCGAGGUCUUCCGCCAGACCAUUGCCGGCAACGUCCUCGUCGGCUCGUACUGCGCCCUCUCGAACCAGGGCGGCCUCGUCCACCCCAAGACGACCAGGAGCGAGCUCGACGAGCUCUCCUCCCUCCUCCAGGUCCCCCUCGUUGCCGGAACGGUCAACCGUGGUUCCGACGUCAUCGGCGCCGGCAUGGUCGUCAACGACUGGACCGCCUUCUGCGGCCUCGACACGACCGCUACCGAGGUCUCCGUCAUCGAGGCCACCUUCAAGCUCCAGGGACAGAACCAGGCCGCCAUCAUCAACGACAUGCGCGACUCCCUCAUCGACAACUACGCCUAA